GGCGCGCGGGCGGCCGGGCGGGGCCAGCUGCAGGCUGCGGCCGCUCCGAGCCAUCGGCGGCCUCCCCAGCCAUGGACGACGUGGAGGUGGUCGCGGCGCGGCCCGGCGGCCUGCGGCGGCUGCUGAAGCAGCACUCGGGGGCCGGCAAGGCCAUCGGGGUGCUGACGAGCGGCGGGGACGCGCAGGGCAUGAAUGCUGCCGUCCGCGCUGUGGUUCGCAUGGGCAUCUAUGUGGGCGCCAAGGUGUACUUCAUCUACGAGGGCUACGAAGGCAUGGUGGCCGGCGGUAGCAACAUCGUGGAGGCCAACUGGGAGAGUGUCUCAAGCAUCCUGCAGGUGGGUGGCACCAUCAUCGGCAGUGCCCGCUGCAAGGCCUUCCGCACCCGCGAUGGCCGCCUCACCGCGGCCCUCAACCUGGUGCGCUGCGGCAUCACCAACCUGUGCGUGAUCGGCGGCGACGGCAGCCUCACGGGCGCCAACAUCUUCCGCCAGGAGUGGGGCGGGCUGUUGCAGGAGCUGCUGCGCAAAGGUGAGCUGCAGGAGGAGGACGUGCGCAGGUGCGCCCACCUCAACGUGGUGGGCAUGGUGGGCUCCAUCGACAAUGACUUCUGCGGCACGGACAUGACUAUCGGCACGGACUCGGCGCUACACCGCAUCAUGGAGGUGGUGGAUGCCAUCAUGACCACAGCGCAGAGCCACCAGAGGACCUUCGUGCUGGAGGUGAUGGGGCGUCACUGCGGGUACUUGGCCCUGGUGAGCGCACUGGCCUGCGGGGCCGACUGGGUGUUCCUCCCAGAGGCACCGCCCUCCGGGCAGUGGCAGGACAACCUGUGUGAGAAGCUCUCCGAGAACCGCGCCCGAAAAAAGAGGCUGAACAUCAUCAUCGUGGCCGAAGGCGCCGUGGACAGCAUGAACAAGCCCAUCACAUCCGAACAGAUCAAGGAGCUCGUGGUGUCCCAGCUGGGCUACGACACGCGGGUGACCAUCCUAGGUCACGUGCAGAGAGGCGGGACCCCCUCGGCCUUUGACAGGAUUCUGGCCAGUCGCAUGGGUGUGGAGGCUGUGGUCGCCCUCCUGCAGGCCACCCCGGAGACCCCGCCCUGUGUGGUGUCACUGUGCGGGAACCAGGCCGUGCGCCUGCCUUUGAUGGAGUGUGUGAAGAUGACCCAGGAGGUGCAGAAGGCCAUGGACGAAAAAAGGUUUAACGACGCCGUGAAGUUCCGCGGAAAGAGCUUUGAGAACAACCUCAACACCUACAAGCGGUUGGCCAUUAAGCUGCCCGACUCCCAGAUCUCCAAGACCCACUUCAAUGUAGCUGUGACCAACGUGGGCGCACCAGCCGCGGGCAUGAACGCUGCUGUGCGCUCGGCCGUGCGCAUGGGCAUUGCUGAUGGGCACCGCAUGCUGGCCGUCACCGACGGCUUUGAGGGCCUCGCCAAGGGCCAGAUCCAAGAGAUCGGCUGGGGUGAUGUUGGCGGCUGGACCGGCCAAGGAGGCUCCUUGCUGGGGACCAAAAGGAAGCUUCCCGGGAAGAACCUGGAGGAGAUUGCAGAGCAGAUGCGUGCGCAUUCCAUCAAUGCACUCCUGGUCAUCGGGGGCUUCGAGGGCUACCUGGGGCUGCUGGAGCUGUCGGCGGCCCGUGACCGCUUCCCCGAGUUCCGCAUCCCCAUGGUGAUGGUCCCCGCCACCGUCUCCAACAAUGUGCCUGGCUCUGACUUCAGCAUUGGCUCAGACACAGCCCUGAACACCAUCACCGACACCUGCGACAGCAUCAAGCAGUCAGCCAGCGGGACCAAACGGCGCGUCUUCAUCAUUGAGACUAUGGGGGGCUACUGCGGCUACCUGGCCAACAUGGGGGCACUGGCUGCGGGGGCUGACGCCGCCUACAUCUUUGAGGAGCCCUUUGACAUCCGAGACCUGCAGGCCAACGUGCAGCACCUGCGGGAGAAGAUGAAGACCACCAUCCAGCGUGGCCUGGUGCUCAGGAACGAGAGCUGCAGCCAGAACUACUCCAUUGACUUCAUCCACCAGCUGUACUCGGAGGAGGGCAAGGGCGUGUUCGACUGCCGCAAGAACGUGCUGGGUCACAUGCAGCAGGGUGGGGCACCCUCCCCCUUUGACCGGAACUUCGGGACCAAGAUCUCUGCCAGCGCCAUGAGCUGGAUCACCCAGAAGCUGCAGAUGAAAGGACACAAGUUUGACACUGAUGACUCCAUCUGCGUGCUGGGGAUAAACAAACGGAACAUCCUCUUCCAGCCUGUGGAGCAGCUGAAGAAGGAGACUGACUUUGAGCACAGGAUCCCCAAGGAGCAGUGGUGGCUCAAGCUGCGGCCCCUCAUGAAGAUCCUGGCCAAGUAUGAGGCCAGCCUGGAGGUGUCGGAGUACAUGCAGUUGGAGCAUCUGCACCCGAAUGGCCAGGACGAGCCUGCCGCCAUCUGACCCUGCUGCACCUCUGCUGCCGCCCUCUGACCCUGCCCGUUUUCUAGCACCUAAGUUAUUUUUCUGCACUUUAUGUGUUGUUGACCUCUGAACCUGAUCACAGCCCACCCCCCUCUCCCGCAUCUGUGCCACCGCCACGGAAUAAACGUACACUUGCUCCCUA